GGCGCCGCCUCCUUUCCCCGCCGGCCGCGGGCGCGGACGGGCCUGGCCGAGCGUAAGGCCGGCGCCUCCCGCCGGGGUGCCCGAUGCAGCGCACGGAGAAGGUGCUGCAGCUGCGGGGCCUGCAGGGCCGCUCGGUGCGCAUCGUGCGGGAGCACUACCUGCGCCCCGACGUGCCCUGCCGCAGCGCCCUGUGCCGGGCCGCCUGCCCCCGCGAUGGGAAAUUGUUGUCAGAUGAUGUGACUCAUUAUGUUGUCCCUGACUGGAAGAUUGUUCAAGAUUACCUUGAGAUUCUUGAGUUUCCAGAGCUGAAGGGUAUUAUCUUCAUGCAAACAGCAUGUCAAGCUGUGCAGCAUCAAAGGGGUCGCAGACAGUACAACAAACUGCGAAAUCUAGUGAAGGAUGCCCGUCAUGACUGUAUUCUGUUUGCUAAUGAAUUCCAGCAGUAUUGUUAUUUGCCAAGAGAGAGAGGAGAAUCAAUGGAGAAAUGGCAGACCAGGAGUAUUUACAAUGCAGCAGUAUGGUAUUAUAAUCACUGCUUGGGUCAGCUGCCGGUUGUUAUGGUAACAGAAGAUGAAGGUGCUAUCAGAGAAUAUGGAGGUGAAACGGAAGGAGUGUUUGUGAUUUCAUUCAAGAAUUACUUGGAUAAUUUUUGGCCUGACUUAAAAGCUGUCCAUGAACUCUACGAUUCUAUACUUCAAUCUCGGCGUGAACGAGAGUGUGAAAGCCAAGAAAACAAAGGGAAGGAAUAUCCUGAACAUCUUCCUAUGGAAGUAUUAGAGGCUGGGAUCAAAUCUGGACGAUAUAUACAGGGUGUCCUGAAUGUCAAUAAGCACAGAGCACAAAUGGAAGCUUUUGUUCGACUUCAAGGAGCCAGUGGUAAAGAAACAGAUCUCCAAAGUGAUAUACUUAUUCAUGGUACCAAAGCUCGGAACCGUGCAAUCCAUGGUGAUGUAGUAGCUGUAGAGUUGUUACCCCAGCAUGAAUGGAAAGGAAGAACUGCUUCCCUUUGUGAGAAUGAUACUGAAGAAAAGGCACCAGGUGACACCUCCAGUGAACCUAUGCCCACAGGUAGAGUUGUUGGAAUCAUCCAGAAGAACUGGCGAGAUUAUGUGGUCACUUUUCCAUCCAAAGAAGAGAGUCAGUCUCAGGGUAAAAAUGCCCAGAAAAUCCUUGUUACACCUUGGGAUUACAGAAUUCCUAAAAUCAGAAUCAGCACACAGCAGGCUGAGGCACUACAGGACUGUAGAGUUAUUGUGCGUAUUGAUUCCUGGGAGUCAACAUCUGUGUAUCCAAAUGGACAUUUUGUACGAGUUUUAGGACGGAUAGGAGAUCUCGAAGGGGAAACUGCAGUUAUUCUAGUGGAGAACAGCAUUUCUGUUGCCCCUUUCUCAGAAGCCCAGAUGUGUGAGAUGCCUUCCAGCACCUCAGAGAAUCCAUGGAAGGUGAAUCCAGAGGAGGAACUAAAACGCAUAGACUUGAGGAAUACACAUUUAAUAUUCAGCAUUGACCCCAAAGGCUGUGAAGAUGUGGAUGAUGCACUGUCCAUUAGAACAUUAGCCAAUGGGAACCUAGAGCUAGGUGUCCAUAUUGCAGAUGUAACCCAUUUUGUGGAAGCAAAUUCUUACACUGACAUUGAGGCCAGAGCAAGGGCAACAACCUAUUAUUUAGCUGAUCGUCGUUAUGAUAUGCUGCCUUCCAUCCUGAGUGCUGACUUAUGCUCUCUUCUUAGCAGAGUUGAAAGGUAUGCUGUCAGUGUCAUGUGGGAGCUAGAUAAAAAUUCCUAUGAAAUCCUGAGAGUCUGGUACAACAGAACCAUCAUUCAGUCUUCAUACAAACUGGUCUACGAGGUAGCUCAGGGAUUAUUAGAUGGUGACCUAAGUGUUGUUGAUGAUAUCCUAGAACUCAAAGAACUGGAUGAGAGAACUAGACAACAGAAGCUGGAAGAACUGGUCUGGGCAAUAGGAAAACUGACUGAUGUAGCUCGACGUGUUCGGGCUAAACGUGACCGCUGUGGCGCUCUGGAGCUGGAAGGAGUAGAAAUAAGAGUGCAGCUGGAUGAUAAAAAGAACAUUCAUGAUCUCAUCCCUAAACAGCCACUGGAGGUGCAUGAGACUGUUGCUGAAUGUAUGAUCCUUGCUAACCACUGGGUGGCAAAGAUGAUUUGGGAGAACUUUCCUCACCACGCUUUGCUGCGCCAACACCCUCCACCACGACAAGAGUUUUUUUCUGAGCUCCGAGAAUGCGCGAGUGCCAAAGGCUUUUCUAUAGACACACGGUCUAAUAAAGCACUGGCUGAUUCUCUGAGUAAAGCAGAUGAUCCUUUAGAUCCAACUGUGAAUAAAUUACUGCGGUCCAUGGCUACUCAGGCGAUGUCUAAUGCACUGUACUUCUCGACUGGCUCGUGCCCCGAAGAAGAGUUCCAUCAUUAUGGACUUGCCCUAGAUAAAUAUACGCAUUUUACUUCUCCAAUUAGAAGAUAUGCUGAUAUUGUCGUCCACAGACUGCUAAUGGCUGCCACUUUAAAAGAUACUGAAGUAGAUGUUACGGUUAAUUUGUUCAGCAACAAAGCUCUUGAGGAAUUGUGUAGACAUAUCAACAACAGAAACAGGGCUGCACAACAUGCCCAGAAACAGUCUACGGAGCUUUUCCAGUGUAUGUAUUUCAAAGACAAAGUCUCUGAAACAGAUGAGCGCUGUACAGCAGAUGGUGUUGUUUACUCCAUUCGAACAAAUGGGGUACUUGUUUUUGUACCAAGGUAUGGCAUUAAAGGUGCUGCUUAUCUGAAAAACAAGGAGGGUUUGGUCAUCUCCUGUCAGUCUGAUGGCAGUUGUGUAUGGAAACCUGGUUCUCUUCAGCGUUUUCAGAACAGAAUUACUUCCACAACAGUUGCUGGAGAAUCUGUUACAUUGAGUCUUUUUGACCAUAUAACAGUAAGUCUUAAUAAAUUCACUAAUGGAAGCACCAGAGCACAAAUGAGGGGAAAAAUAACAUUGUGUACUUUUGUUUCUAAGGUAAAAGCAUGUGUGCAGAGUUCACGCUGCCAUCCUGACACCAUCAAGCUUGAAAUAAUUAGCAACAUACCUUACAAGAAUACAGCCACAGAGCUUUAUCAGAAGAAUAUCCACAUAAUGAAAGCCGACUUAGUAAAAGAAGUAACAAGAUCUGCAGAGGAAGCGCAACUUGCCCAAGAAAAAAACAGAGUUGAAGUAAUCCAGGAAGAAUAUCAGGAGUAUUGCCAAACAAAGGGAGUUAGCUUGUACCAACUGCUUGAGGAAAUUAGGGACUUAGCUCUACUAGACGUAUCAACUGGUAACUGAGCAUGAACUAGUAUGUGGCUCUGCGCCGCUUGAGCAGCUUUGCACAAUUUUAAAUCUUGUUUUUAAAACUGAUGUAAGUUGAUAAACCAUUUUUAAUAUUUUCUGCUUUUGCUAAUUUGAACUGUACCUUAACUAAAAUUUAGCACUGAUUUUUAGAGUGAAACAGGCCUAGCUGAUUUAAGAUGUUUUAUACACUGUUAUCUACUGUAUUCUCACUGAAAGACUAAAGAUUGUAUUGUGGUAAACUA